CCUGGGCGUCACGUGCUCCGCGCCGCUCGCUCGGCACCUGAGGGCGGAUGCCUGGCGUCCUGGGUUUUCGAGGGGAAAGGGGCCGCGUCUAUGGACCAGUUUAGCAGCGGCGGUGGCAGACCUCGAACUGCAAAGGGAGCUGAGUGCCACAAGGGUGUGAAGGCACAAGUUUGUUUGGAAAAUCACCUGUGUGCACUUGCACAGUUGAGAUUUGGGAGUUCUUCAAAAAGCACCACCUGUUCGCGCCUGUUUUCAGUGCAGCAGUACAGACGAUAAUCACGGUUUUUUUGUGAUAUUUUACUUCAAAUAAAGAACAUGGUGAAACUAAUUCACACAUCAUCUGAUCACGAUGAUGAUGUCAACUGCUGUGCCUUCUCCUCUUCCCUCUUGGCUACUUGCUCCUUGGACAAAACAAUUCGCCUGUACUCCCUGAGUGACUUUACUGAACUGCCACACUCUCCACUGAAGUUUCACACGUAUGCUGUCCACUGCUGCUGUUUCUCCCCUUCAGGACAUAUUUUGGCUUCAUGUUCAACAGAUGGUACCACUGUCCUAUGGGAUACUCAAAAGGGACAGAUUUUGGCGGUGAUGGAACAGCCCAGUGGUAGCCCCGUGAGGGUUUGCCGGUUUUCCCCAGACUCGACUUGUUUGGUCUCGGGGGCAGCUGAUGGAACUGUUGUUUUGUGGAAUGCACAAUCGUACAAGUUAUAUAGAUGUGGUAGUGUUAAGGAUGGCUCCUUGGUGGCCUGUGCAUUUUCUCCUAAUGGAAACCUCUUUGUCACUGGCUCCUCAUGUGGAGAUUUAACAGUGUGGAAUGAUAAAAUGAGGUGUCUGCAUAGUGAAAAAGCACAUGAUCUUGGAAUUACCUGCUGUGAUUUUUCUUCACAACCAGUUUCUGGUGGGGAACAAGGUCUUCAGUUUUUUCGAUUGGCAUCAUGUGGUCAGGAUUGCCAGAUCAAAAUUUGGAUUAUUUCUUUUACCCAUUUCUUAGGUUUUGAAUUAAAAUAUAAAAGUACACUGAGUGGGCACUGUGCUCCUGUUCUGGCUUGUGCUUUUUCUCAUAACGGGCAGAUGCUAGUCUCGGGGUCCGUGGAUAAGUCUGUCAUAGUGUAUGAUACUAUUACUGAGAAUAUACUUCAUACCUUGACUCAGCAUACCAGGUAUGUCACAACUUGUGCCUUUGCACCCAAUAUCCUUUUACUUGCUACUGGUUCAAUGGAUAAAACAGUGAACAUCUGGCAAUUUGACCUGGAAACACCUUGCCAAGCAAGGAGCCCAGAAGAUCAGCUGAAGCAAUUUACUGAUGAUUGGUCAGAGGACGAUGUCUCAAACUGGCUUUGUGCACAGGGUUUAACAGACCUUGUUGGUAUUUUUAAAAUGAAUAACAUCGAUGGAAGAGAAUUGUUGAAUCUUACAAAAGAAAGUCUGGCUGAUGACUUGAAAAUUGAAUCUCUAGGGCUUCGUAGUAAAGUUCUGAGGAAAAUUGAAGAGCUCAGGACAAAGGUGAAAACCCUGUCUUCUGAAAUUCCUGAUGAAUUUAUAUGUCCAAUAACUAGAGAGCUUAUGAAAGAUCCUGUCAUCGCAUCAGAUGGCUAUUCAUAUGAAAAGGAAGCAAUGGAAAAUUGGAUCAGCAAAAAGAAGCGUACAAGUCCCAUGACAAACCUUGUUCUUCCUUCAGUGGUACUUACACCAAAUAGGACUCUGAAAAUGGCCAUUGAUCGAUGGCUAGAGACACAUCAAAUAUAAAAUUGUUAGUAUUGUAUUUAAAUUUUCAGUAAUCUCAUUUGAAUGAUUCAAAGGUAACUACUAAUCAGACAUUAUUAAAACCGAAACAGAAGGAUAAAGGGUAAACUUAAAUUUAGUUACCUGUAAAAAAAUUUACUAUUUUCAUCCUCAGAAACAUGGACUAAAUAACACAUAUAACCUCUUUUUUAUUUUUACUAUGUCUUUCUAUACUAGUGAAAAAAAUCUUAACCUAUAGAGAAAUAAAGUUUUACUUUGACUUUAA